GGAGGACGGGAGGAGGUAACGCGCCCUUCCAGCGCUCUUUGAUCUCGCAGCCCCACCGGGAGCAUCGCCCCCCAUCCCGCAGAGCUGGAGCUGAGGAUGGAGACCAGGGAGGACAAAUCCCCGCAGCAGAACCUGGUGGAAGAGGCUGAUUUGAGCAGCUCCACAGCACAGGAAUCCAAUGGGGAGGAAAAGCUCCAGAGAUCCCACACAAGGAGGGGCUCCAAACACAGAUCACAGGGCCUUGAGGAGGAAAGACCCACCCUGGGCCUGGGUGAUGGCAGGAGCUUCACCUGGAUUGCCAACCUGGUAGUCCAUCAGCAGCUUCACCCCAAGGAGCGGCCCUACAAGUGCUUGGAGUGUGGGAGGAGCUUCAGCCACACUUCCAAUCUCUUCCUCCACCAUUGUGUGCCCAGGGGGGAGAGGCUAUACAAGUGCCUGGAAUGUGGGAAGAGCUUCAGGUGGAGCUCCAGCCUCAUCAAGCACCAGCGCCUGCACACAGGGGAACUGCCCUGUGAAUGUGGGGAAUGUGGGAAGACCUUCAGCCAGAACUCAUUACUAGUCAAGCACCAGAGGAUCCAUACCAUGGAGAAGCCCUAUCAUUGUCCUGACUGUGGGAAGGGCUUUGCUUACAACUCCAACCUCGUCAGGCACCAGCGCAUCCACACCGGGGAGAAGCCCUACGAGUGUCCCCAGUGUGGGAAGAGCUUCUCACAGAGCUGUCACUUGACCAGACACCAACAGAGGCACAAAUGAGGGAAGCUCUUCGGAUGCCCCAACUGUGGGAGGAGUUUUGUGCGCUGCUCCAACUUCAUCCCCCACUGGAGGAUCCAUGUUGGAUGAUCCACAGUGACCCACAUUGGGCAGAGAUCUGGUGACCACCAUUCCAGGUGAUCCCCUCUGGGUGGGGGGAAGGUGUUUGAGAGAUUUCUUUCACUUCUUAUUCUCCUGCUCUGAUUUUGUUGGUCAUAAAUGCAGUCUGAGUGUUUUUCCUGUGCUGGUGAUAGGGGCAGGAUCUCUUCCAGGCCCGGUCUCAAUACCCAGGCCUUUCUUUUCUCAGUCAGAAAAGUCACUAAAUGAUUUUUAGCCAAGCAGAGCUUUUCUCACUGGUACCUGGCAGACCCACAGUGCCCAGCGUUCCCCACCUGGACCCUACCUGGGAGCCAAAUUUAGGGAGGGGGGAGGUUUCAGCACCUGCCCACUGCUGGGGAUGGGGCAGCUGGGGCUGUACUGGUAGCACUGGUGGUACUUGGAGCCGCCCUGACCGUGGGUGUGGAGCUGUGAGGUGAGUAGAGGG